AUGCUUACACCGGCUCAUCCCGUAACAUCCUACAGUACACAUGUCAUCUAUGAAAAUGGCUAUACAAACAUAACAACACCUCAGUCUUCAUUUCGUGGCAGCUUGGAUCUACCACCAAAAUACGUACCAGUUGCCAUGACCACAGCUGGUACUUUACCAUUGAACACUACAGCUUCUACUGCUACACAGUCAACAAAAGAUCAUUUAGAGACCUUAAAUUUACCCCUUCAAAUAAUUCUUUCUUCGGUAAUGAUUAUUAUACUUUUGCUGUCAUUCCUAGGAAAUUUUGUGGUCUGUCUCAUGGUCUACCAAAAAGCUGCCAUGCGAUCAGCAAUUAAUAUUCUACUUGCAAGCCUGGCAUUUGCUGACUUGCUGCUUUCUAUUCUGAAUAUGCCCUUCGCAUUGAUAACUAUCAUUGUUACAGAGUGGAUUUUUGGAGAAGUAUUCUGCAGAGUAUCAGCCAUGUUCUUUUGGUUGUUUGUAAUAGAAGGUGUUGCUAUCCUGCUUAUAAUAAGCAUUGACAGAUUUCUAAUCAUUGUUCAGAAACAGGACAAGCUGAACCCAUAUCGGGCAAAGAUUCUCAUAGUUAUUUCAUGGGCAACUUCGUUUUGUGUGGCUUUUCCUCUGGCUGUUGGCAACCCACAAUUACAGGUACCCUCUAGAGCUCCACAGUGUGUUUUCGGCUACACCACCAAUGCUGGUUAUAAAGCUUAUGUAAUACUGAUAGUUCUUAUUUUCUUUUUUAUUCCUUUUAUGGUGAUGCUUUAUGCUUUUAUGGGCAUACUGAACACUGUGCGCCACAAUGCAGUCCGUAUACAUAGCCAUCCGGAUAGCAUAUGCCUCAGCCAGGCAAGCAAACUAGGCCUAAUGAGCCUUCAAAGGCCUUUUCAAAUGAAUAUAGACAUCAGCUUUAAAACUCGUGCCUUCACCACUAUUUUAAUUUUAUUCAUUGUCUUUAUAGUCUGCUGGGCACCAUUCACCACUUACAGCCUAGUUGCUACAUUCAACAGUGACUUCUACAGCAAGAACAAUUUUUUUGAGAUAAGCACUUGGCUCCUUUGGCUAUGCUACCUCAAGUCUGCACUAAACCCAAUAAUCUACUACUGGAGGAUAAAGAAAUUCCGGGACGCUUGUUUGGAUCUAAUGCCGAAAUACUUCAAGUUUUUACCCCAGUUACCUGGUCACACUAGAAGACGAAUCCGGCCUAGUGCCAUCUAUGUGUGUGGGGAACAUAGAUCAGUUGUGUAA